ACACAACCAUGCAGUGCAAUAUCUUUGGGUUUCCUGCUCCGCGGAUCGAAUGGAAACGAGCAUUGCAAGCCAUGUCCAAAGAACGUCAUAUAAUAACCGGUAACCGUCUUGUGAUUAAGAAUACAAGAAAAGAUGACAAGGGCCCUUACAUGUGCAAAGGAAUUAACGAUCACGGCAAUGUGUUUUCUAUGGUGGUGUUGACUGUACAUCCUGUCAUUGCUCCCGCCAUCGUAAAGUCGUCUCCAAAAAACGUGACCGUGUACAAAAUCUUGAGCCGUAUCAAAUUAAACUGUUCGGCUAAUGGAUCACCACUGCCAACGAUCGAGUGGAGCAAAGAUGGCCGACUUUUAUCUAUAAACACUACAGUUCACAAGACCAAUAAAGAAACUAUAGGCGAGUUAGUCAUUGAUCCCUUCAUGCCAGAAGACCAAGGACAAUACAAAUGCUUUUUUAGAAACUACGAAAAUGGAACGGCCGAAACUACAAUACAAGUCUGUCGUUCUCUUUGUCCCGAGAUUGUUCCUCCUGAAAAUGGAUACAUGGUAGGUGAUUUCCUGGCCAACAGCACACUUACUUUCCACUGUAAUCCUGCCUACAGUCUGAGGGGAAAUCGCAACUUGCUAUGUGAUGCCAACACAGGCAACUGGAAAGAUUUGCAUGGAAAUUUUAACAUUGUAAAACCACAAUGUCAAAUGAGCUAUUACUCAAAUAUUCUCAAAAAUCGAAAACAUUACUAUGAUUUAAUAAAAGAAUGGCUGGCUCCAGUGACAAACAAACCAAUACCAUGGGUUCCCUGCUACCAAAGCAGAUAUCACGGAUGGUACAAUAGCAUCUUCCAUUCAAGGUGCGAUGGUCAAGGCCCGACAAUUACAAUCAUCAAAGUGAACAGAUACAUAUUUGGAGGCUAUACAGACGUCAGCUGGCAUUACACAAAUUCUUACAGGACAUCCGUCAACUCGUUCCUGUUUUCAUUUGUAAACAGAGAUAACUUGAAGCCAUUUAAAAUGAAAGUUUUCAAAUCGCAAUAUGCUAUUUAUGGAAGUAGCAGCUAUGGACCAAUCUUUGGAGGCGGCCAUGACAUACAUCUUCUUUAUAAUGGUGGUAGCAGCAGAGGCUCCCAUACGAACCUUGGACAUAGCUAUACACUGAUUAAGGGCUACACAUAUGGAUCGACUAAAGCUAACAACCUUCUUGCAGGAUCGAACACCUUUCAGGUAGACGAAGUCGAAGUGUUUCGGCAAGAAGGUUUUCGAGAUUUUUAGAUGAAAGAAACUCUAACAAACCAAAGUUUUAAAUUAUAAAGAAAUAUAGUAUAUAAAAUAUGGAAUAAGAAACUCUAACAAACCAAAGUUUCAAAUCAUAUAGGAAUUUAGUAUAUUAAUAGUAUAUGGGCUACAUAUCAAACAAUUGUCUAACAUUCACGCGGGCUACCUGUGUCUUUUGUGGGAUUAAUGAACAUUACCUCGAAAUGAUAUGACAUCGAAAUUUGUCCAUUUUUUUAAUUUUUCAUUCUGCUGUGUUCUAACGAAUCCAAGUAUUUGAAUAGACUCAAGAGAAAAUGGCAGUCUCAAGAACCAAGUUUUGGAUAGGUACGUCCAGCCAGUGGUCUAAAACCCUAGAAGGCAGAAGUACAUAACCAGAAGUGUGUAUCUCCACAAUAAUAUCGCCACCAUUAGAUGUCCCGACAAUCUAUUUUUAGACAACCAAUCACAACGCGCGCACAUAUUACACGGCACCUGAUCGGUCCU